AUGAAGCUGCGAACCAAAUCCAACGCGUCACCAAAAUACCUUCGUCUGACUAUCAGGUUGAACCAGCACACCGCCACAGAAAUUGACUUGUCGACUCGGCAAUCUUAUCCUUGCCCACUGCUGGAAUACCUGCAGCAAGGGAACGACUGGAAUUCUGGGACUCGUGCGGUCGGAGGAUUCGCAAGCGCGUCGGCUCCUUCAGGCAAGCGCGUUGGCAACUCGUUUCAACUUCAGCGAAAAUGGCGGAGCUGGAACAGUACCACGGUAGUAUUCGCAAUUAAACAAGGGAGAGGUGAUGAUGUUUGCCGCUAUUUGGUCGAUGGUGGAUCGAGUAGCACAGCCCUUGGGUCGGCGCCAGCGGUAGUUGAUGCAAGUAUGGGCAGUUUGCAGGUUUGCGAGGUCUGUGGUUCAACGGUGCCUCGAGCUCCAACAGCAUGCAGACCAUCUCAUACCAAGCCGCACAAUACAGAAGUCGUGGUCCAAAGCCAAAGCACAGAUCAUGGUGCAGCUACCAUGGACCUUGAACCUUGGACCAACGGGCACCCACCGUAUACAGCACAGGUCGAGCAACAGCAACGACAAACGCUAAUGGGACAGAAGGGCUAG